GGUUGGUGGGAGAGCAGUUGGACUCAGUUGCUUCUCACAGACUUGGCCUUUUCCCCAACUUGUUGGAUAUGGACAUACCUUGUAUGUCCCUAGUUUUACACAAGUGAUUAGGUGGUUGAACUUGAGCUAAACAUCAUGGCCAGUCACAUGGAAGAGAACAUCCUUGAAAAAGAUUUCCGGAUGUUGUUAUCCCUGGGUUGUGGCUCAUUCGGGGAGGUGAAGCUUGCCUGCCACCUUCCCACACGUGUACGGGUGGCUGUCAAGGUCCUCGAGAAAAACAUCAACAGUGUGGCUGAUAUUACUUCGGAGGUGGAACUCCUUCAGUCUUUAGAACACAGGAACAUUGUUCGAUUUUUUCACAUGGUCGACACACUGACAACAACUUAUGUGAUCAUGGAGUAUGUGGCAGGAGAGGACCUUGAGAGGUGCCUUAGGGCACUGGGCUGUCUGAAAGAGGAGGAGGCUAGACCUAUUUUCCAGCAGGUCGUGUCAGCAGUUCACUUCCUCCACCAAAGACACAUUGCACAUCGUGAUAUUAAAUUAGAAAACAUUCUGGUUGAUGCGGCAGGAAAUACAAAGCUUUGUGACUUUGGUAUGGCAAUUAAAAUCACAGAAGGGCAGAUGUUGGAGGAGACCUGUGGCUCCUUGCUCUAUUGGGCCCCAGAGAUCUUGGCAAAAAAACCCUAUGAUGGGCUGGCAGUAGACAUGUGGAGUUUGGGCAUUGUCCUCUAUGUUCUGGUCACAGGGCACUUUCCAUAUGUAGAAGCCACCGUUGAGGAUAUGCACAGGAUUAUCACUACCACAAUGUGUCCCAUCCCUUACCACUUGUCAAAAUCGUGUCACAGCAUCAUUGCACGAUUACUCAUGGUCCCUACCUGGUAUAGGAUGACAAUACAUCAGCUUGUGGAACGACCGUGGAUAGGGCACAUUCAAGAACAUGGACUGCUUGCCAAAAAAGAAAUCCUUCCUAGGGUAGUGAACACUAUGUGCACCAUUGGCUAUACCUGUGAAGAGAUUGUGUCAUACCUAACACACAGGAGACUCAAAGAUGAAGUAAUGGCAACAUUUAAUAUUUUAAAAUACCAACUGAGCUGUGGGGACAGCCAUCAACAAGUGGAGAAGCCAUGGGCAAACAGCAGCCCUGUAAGUGCCCUUAUCCCCCUUCCCUACUUGAAGAGGAGAGCCAGUGAACCUGCCUUUUCAACCUGUACAGAAGCUGGGAAGAGUCACUUUCAGGAUGAGGGCAUGGAAGGAAGAGGCAAGAGUUGCAGAAGGUACCCCAUGCUCACCAAAUACUACAUGGAGAGGUUGCCCUGUUCAGAUGACCCAGUGCCAGAAGGAGAUGCUCUGACAGCUGACACCACUAACACUCUUACAGGGGAUAUUUCAGUCAACAGAAAUUCCAUGGACAACCUGCUUAGUGAGCACUUCUAUCCAGUGUCAGCCCAGGAUGGAACAUCUACAGGGUUUCUGAACAUGGGUUUCUAUGCAGAAGACUCAUCCACAGGGCCAGACAUUCCCAGUGACCAGCCCCACAUUGGACUCACAGCUUCUGGAUCCAGGACACUCAGGAGUUGGGGGCUGAUGAGGAAGCAAAUUUCCUGUUCACCGAAAGCACCGUGCUGUUGUUGCUGCUGUUGCUGUUGCUGUCUGCCCUCCCCACGUGGAGAACUGAAAUGGCCUAGUAGAAUUCCAGCCCUAUUGAGAAGUGAUGCCACAGCAGAAAGCCAGGACAGAACUCCAGGGUGCUGUUUUCCUUCAGUACAGAACAGUAGGCUUCUGUGUCUCUCCAGCUCUUGAGUUUGUGUCCUUCAGUGUGCAGCUCCUUCAGCUUACUCCAGCCCCAUCACUGCUUGCUGGACAGAAAGGUGGGCAUAAGGAACAUCUACCUGAUAAGGCUCUACCUAGUGCCCAUAGCAUCUAAAACCGAUGUGUCUACAACCAGGAAUGACUUGUCUCCUGACAUAAGGAUUGUCAUCGUCUUGGCCACUGUAUCUCCUUCAUCUUAUUUUGUGACUGUGUUUUGGGAAGAACUGCAAGAAACACGUAAGUCCCCGGGAAGGAGGGAGACAGGUCAUACAACCUAUGAUUGGCAAAUGAGAUGGAACAGGACACAUUCCAAGUAAGGAACAGCUCACUGAAUUGACAUGGCAACCGAACUCCACAGAGAAUCAAGAGACCUAAUCUAUGUGAAUCAUGCACCUGAAGUGGAUCCCUCACCUGCAGUCCAGCCACAAGUCACAUGACUUCCACCUGACAACCCAAGACACUCUAGACUGGCUAGACAGUCUGAUUCACAGUUAUUUUCAUCUGAACCAAGAGAUCACAGAUGAGGACUCAAGGGAUGAGCUCUACGGAUUGUGAAACAUAGAGUUGUCUGCUGUGAACUGAGAGAGCAGACUGAAGAGUCCUGCAGGCAAUCGAGAGAGGAGGGUGUCCAUUUACCCAGCAUAGAGGCCUCUAUCCAACACAGAAGAAGAUCCUGUUGGACAAGUUCUGUGGUCGAGGAUCAUUUUUUACCAUCUAUGCACUCUGACUCAUCUAGGCAAGAGUUAAACAAGAUAGUGUAUAGAAUGCACAGUGUCCAAUCCAAUCAGGUUGCUGGGAAACUGCUUCUCCUCCUGAAUCCUGAACCAGGAGGUGAACCUGUUUAUGGGACAGCAGGAGACAUCUAGGCUAGAGCAGUCCCUGCAGGCAGUAUUUCCUGAAGAGACCCAUGGAGUUUUCUCUCAGAUAGCUCACAUAAGGAGAAAAAUGAACAUCCCUGUUUCAGAAGGUACUGAAUUCCACCUAAAAUAAACCUGCCCUUGUCUAAAAGGCCAUAGGUCUUGAGCAGGUGAAAAAAUAUUUCUUGCAGCUUCAUUGUGAGUCUAAAAUAAGCUUUCUUUUGUAGAUACCUGUCCAUCUUGAAACAUGUACCCAGUAAAUUUCUGCCCUCAGGAUGUACACACAGAGCACUAGUGACAUUGACUGAGGAGAGCAUCUUCCACCUACACUUCUCAUGAAUGACUAUCAUGUCAUGCCUGAGCUCUAGAGGAGCUCAGAGACUUCACACAGCAUCUGCACACAACAUUAGGAGGAGAUGCCAGGGAAGACAAUGAACUGUUUUCCCUCUAUCAUCCAAGUAUAUACAACCACCCCAAAUUGCCAAUGAUAUCUGGGGACUCUACAGGUGGAUUUCUUUGUGAAAGCCACCAAGUGGGUAGAUAGAGCUGAUUCACUGCCCACCUUAGAUACUUUACAUUUUGGCUAUGAAUCCUACCUAAGCAUAUAAAAAAUAUAUAUAUCUCA